CACGGCGCAUUUCUCAAGGGCUCGGGCGAUGCAUUAGCACCGAUAACUAUCACUUGGUAGUAUUUCCCCACCCAAAAUGAACGUUGGUUCGAUUAAAGAUAACAUAAGUUUAUGAAGCCCUAACGUUUGUGUGGAGCUGAAUGUAAAUUGCUGACUGUUUGGAUGGAUAACCCGGUGCUAUUUGACUGUGAUUUCGUCGCUGUGGACCGCAAGCUAACGGGCUAAUUUACAUCUGUUGAGGAUCAGUGAACACACUGAGGACACAAAGCAAAAACAUAUUUACAACUCACAUGUGUCAUUUUAUAAAAUGCACUAGUCAGAGAGACUGGUAACUAUCGGUAUUUUAUAUUUAGGUGAUGUAUAGAGCUGUUUAAAGGAGCGCGGGCGACUGUCUGUCAUUAAUGUGCAGAUAGCUCGCCUGGUGUUAUUUCAGUGUAACGUUUCGGUCAGUUGUUAGUGUAUGAUGGCUCCACAGAAAUACUCUGCUCAGGUGAUGAACUGCAAAGCCAAUUGCGCUGUGUACCCGUCCUCUGGCGUGAAUUCACUCAAGAAGCCCAAGAUGGAGCAGCUGCAAGCUGACCAUGAGCUUUUCCUGCAGGCCUUUGAGAAACCUACUCAGAUAUACAGAUUCCUGCGAACAAGGAACCUAAUAGCUCCGAUAUUACUGCACAGGACUCUCACCUUCAUGUCUCAUAGAAACUCACGAACAAAUGCUAAAAGGAAAGCAUUUAAAGUGGAUGACAUGCUGUCCAGAGUGGAGAGGAUGAAAGGGAAGCACGAGUCUCAGAGUUUGGCUUCACACCUGCAACUGACAUUCACUGGUUUUUUUCACAAGAAUGAUAAGCCAUGUCAAAAUUCAGAAAAUGAACAAAACUCAGUCUCUCUUGAGGUGCUACUUGUCAAAGUCUGUCAUAAAAAGCGCAAGGAUGUCAGCUGCCCUAUAAAGCAAGUGCCUACUGGGAAAAAGCAGGUGCCUUUGAACCCGGAUCUCAGCCAAACCAAGACUGGUGCCUUCCCUUCCCUUCUGGUGUCCAGCAAUGAGUUUGAGCCCAGUAACAGUCACAUGGUCAAAUCCUAUUCUCUGCUCUUCAGGGUGUCUCGCACAGGCAAAAGAGACCCCAACAGCUUCAUCAACUGUGAGGUGGAUGAGAAUAUUGAUGUAAAAGAGGAGCUCCCAUCCAGAAAGAAGAGAAACUCUUCCCACAGAGGCGAUGGAGACACCACAGAAACAUUUGUUGCACAGAUGACUGUCUUCGAUAAAAACAGACGGUUGCAGCUACUGGAUGGGGAAUAUGAGGUGUCCAUGCAACAGAUCGAGGACUGUCCAGUCAGCAAGAAGAGGGCCACAUGGGAGACCAUUCUGGAUGGAAAGAGGUUGCCCCCAUUUGAGACCUUCUCUCAGGGACCCACUUUGCAGUUCAUUCUUCACUGGACAGGUGACCCCAGUGACCCUUCAACAGCCCCUGUGGCCAAACCUCUAUCCACCCGCAAUUCAGACAUCAGCACCACAGAGAGCAGACCCAGCACUCUCCGACCUGCACCUGUAGUGGUAAAGGAUUCAGUGAACACCAGCAUACAGACCCGGAGAGAGUCCCCCUGUGAACCCAGACAGAAACUACGCAUCUUUUACCAGUUUCUAUACAACAAUAACACCCGUCAGCAGACAGAGGCCAGAGACGACCUGCACUGUCCCUGGUGCACACUCAACUGUCGUAAACUAUACAGCCUGCUGAAACACCUCAAACUCUCCCACAGCAGAUUUAUCUUCAACUACGUGCCUCACCCUAAAGGCGCUCGGAUAGACGUGUCUAUAAACGAGUGCUAUGAUGGCUCUUACGUGGGAAAUCCACAAGACAUCCACAGCCAGCCUGGCUUUGCCUUCAGCCGCAAUGGCCCUGUGAAGAGGACAGCUGUGACCCACAUACUCGUCUGCCGGCCAAAGCGAACCAAGCCGAGUUUGUCUGAGUUUUUGGAGUCAGAGGACGGUGAGCCUGAGCAACAACGGACCUACGUGAGUGGACACAACCGUCUGUAUUUCCACAGUGAUAGCUGCAUGCCCCUCCGGCCGCAGGAGAUGGAGGUGGACAGUGAGGAUGAGAGGGACCCUGAGUGGCUCAGAGAGAAGACCACCACGCAAAUUGAAGAAUUCACAGAUGUGAAUGAGGGAGAAAAAGAAGUAAUGAAGUUGUGGAACCUUCACGUAAUGAAGAAUGGAUUCAUUGCUGAUAAUCAGAUGACUCAGGCGAGCAUGCUGUUUGUGGAGAACUUCGGGCUACAUAUAAUUCGUAGGAAUCUGUGUCGGAACUUUCUACUUCACCUGGUCAACCUACACGACUUCAACCUGGUCACCAUAGCAACCAUUGACUGGGCCGUGGACCGUAUGAAGGAGAUAGAGGAAUCACUUCCUGAACUAGAGGAGGGACAGGAAGAGUCGAGUGCCACCUGCAAUGGCCAUGCUGUAUCCUUGGGUGUUUCACUACAUGGCAAGCGUACCAAAAGUGGAGUCGCAGACUGACAACAGCCUGAUUACAAGAAUCAUUUUGAACAGAAUGAACAAGGUCUAGAUUGGACUCAAAUUCUACAUAAUUCUCACUUGGAAUCAUUCAAUAUUUUUGAGUUCUAGAACUCGAUCUGAGUUUUAGAACUCUCAGCCAGCUGUGCUGUUUUGGCUUAGAAUACGUGUUCUAUAUCUGAUCUGGUCAUAUGCAGUGUUGGGUAACGUUACUUUUAAAAGUAACUCAUUAGAAUAUUGCGUUACUCCUUAAAAAAAGUAACAAUUCAUUAAAAAGUUUCUUUUAUGGAAAGUAAAGCGUUACUUUUGCAUGCAUUCAAUACAAAUACAAGGGAUAUGUAGGUACAUUACAGGUCAUGCUAGCUACUGUACAAUACUCAUGUCAAAACAACAUACUAAACAAACAGAUAUUUAGAAAGUUUACAAUCAGUAGGUCUUCACGUAAUAUUUAUAAUAAAGACUCAAUAACUGGAAUAUGCAUGAUUUGUUUUUCCAUUGACAUGGCAGCCAACAUGAAUAAUGAAGAAUAGCGACUGUCUUACCUAAAGCAAAGCAGCAAAGUCCAACACUUGAACCUGCAUCAUAUCUGUCAUCAUGUGCUGUGCCCAUCGACAAUGUCGGAGUCAACUUAAGAUGUUUUUCAAAAGUCAGGAUAAAAUUCAGUGGGGAAUGCCAACCCAACAUGUUCAAGGAAUGUGUCUGAUUAUAAAAUAAUAUUCUUCACUUAAGUCAUCUCAGUGCACACGUGUUUUGAGCUGAUCCACGGUGCAAACAGACACCACUGGUUGAUCGCAUACAACUGCAAACACGCAUGUUGAACUUGAAUGGAAUCGUUUUUAAUGCUACCAAAAAUGUCUUCAAAACUUUUUUUCACAAAUCAAAUUACUUGUUUAUUAUAGAACAAUAAUGUCGAAUAUUUUAAGAAAUUAAGACAUUUUGUCUUUGUACACAAACCAUAUAGUAUGUUGCUUGCAGCUGCUGAUCCAGAGUCAGCUUUUCUUAUCCCAUUCUCCCAGUUAAGAGGAGCUGUAACACGGAGCAGUUUGGCUGCAUAAGUCAGUGAAUUGAGUGAGUAUUUCACCCUCUGUAUGUUGUGGCCAGUGGAAGACUAGUGUUAUAAUCCCUCUGCCUAAACGUGUUUACAGAUUUUUUUAACACAGUGUGUUUUAACACAUGAAUCAAUUGCAUUUCACUCAACCGAAUGUUGAAUGUUACAUGCUUUAACACAGAGCAGUUUGGAUGCAAACUGAUCCUAGAGAAGUAGUUACGGGCAGCUUUAAAACUAUGUAAUUCGGAAGCACGAACAGUCAGCGAUCAUUCCACGUUGUCUGUAUCUGUAUAAUCAUGCCGUGGCCACAGGAAGACUUCUGCGGCUUAUGCCUGUGCUAUAUUAUACCACGAAAAUAUUUUACACACUUUUAAAUGCAGCCUACAUGAAUCAGUUGUGAGAAUCAAAGUAUCACUUAUCCGAAUGUUACAUUUUUGACAAUGUUGCCUUAUGAGAACACAUUUCUUAACUCUUGUUGUGAUGGUCAUGACAAUGACAAAGUUUAUGACGCCUGCUCAUUUAAGCUCCAUUGCACAAAAAAAAAUCCACCGCUGCAAAUGAGUACAACUGGAUUCCAUUGAAGCGUUCAGAUUUAUAUUCCUUUACCAGCAAUAUUUUGCCAUUUUUUAAACAAAAAUCUCAGGGUGGGCUAAAAGAAAACUUGUGCUCUGCCCAUCGCUGAUAAGCAUGGCUCAUACUCUUGAACAACAAUACCCAUCAGGCACACAAUACAAUGCCCAUCAUGCACUACUACACUGAACAUCUCUAGUAAGCCUCCCACUCUCUAGAACUACAAUGCCCAUCAUGCACCUCCUCGAAGUUUGCACAAUUUUACUUCUGAUUUAUCACAAUACGGGGAAAGGAGAGGUGUACAAAAGCAACGCAUUACUUAUUUUAAAAAGAAAAAAUACUGCAUUACUCAUUACAAAAGUAAUCUGAUUACGAAGCACACGUUACUUUUAUCGUGUUACCCCCAACACUGGUCAUAUGCCCAUUUAAUAAUAAGGAGCCUGUUUGAGACUCAGUCAGUUAGCCACUGGUUUUAUGGACUGACACAUUUUAUGGACUGAUACUGACUGAAUUGGUGCAAUUUUUCAACAUAUUUGCCAGUGCAGUGUCUAUCAUACCCAUCAACCAUAAUGUCAACAGUCAUGUCAAGGAUAAUCUUUACUUCAGUUUUUUGAGAGCCCAUUAUGCAAAGAAGUGAGUUACUGUAGACUUGGGAAUACUGUUCUAUAUCAUCUGUAGAAUAAUCUGCAUACAUUUUAUUUUUUUAAACAAUUGUGUGUUCAGUGAUCUUUUAGCACAUGUUAGCACUUGUUAAUACUUGUUCAGUGGCUAACAUCUCAGAAAUGUGGACAAAUGGACACUGUUAAGUUGUGAUAUUCAGGUGUCUCAUGUUCUAUUUGAAAGCUAAACAGCUUUUCAUAUUCCAUAUUUGUAAUGUACCCCUCUAUCUGUUUUUAAUUGGACCAAUGAAUAUAAUAUAUCCAUUGCAAUAUGUCAACCUCUCCACAUUACAUACAUGUGGAGUUUUGAGAUGCUUCCAUAUAUAGUUUUUGUAUGGAAUAUAUCUGUGUAUAUUUUAACCCCAGUUCUCGUUAAUUAAAAAGCCUAUAAUGCACACUCAUGAAAUGAGCACUGCUUGUGCUUUGAGUAGAAAGACAUUGAAAUCUACAAGAAGUCCUUAUUUCAUUAGUGACCUUUGCAAACCAACCUCAUUUAUGUCUUUUAGAUAGCUUCAGAUAAAACAGAUGUUCUGGAAUGGUUUUCAGUCCUGGACAGGUGAUGUCAAACUGAUGUUGUUACUCGAUAUGUGACUAUGUAAUAAUUUGUGGCAAUUAUAAAGUUCAGAAGUCAUACAUGCCAAAGUAUAUCUGAUGCAGCAUCUCUUCUCUUUCCCAGAACACAUUUCAGUUUGUUCUUUCUGCAAAAUGCACAAGUUUGGUGUAUAUAAGAAACUAUUUACACAUUAAAGAUGCGUAAAUGCUUGGUUUAAAGUC